GUCCACACGAACUUCAUUCACAUCCAUCGUUUCCUUCUUUUGAACACUUCUUCCGUUGAUCUUUUGUUCUGUUGAAUCGCGAUUCUAUCACCAUCUGUAUAUUCUUAUGUGAAGAUCCAACCGAAGUUCUUGCCUUUCCUACCUGUGCCUGCACACUUCACACUUCCACAGUCUAAUCUAAUUGUUCGCAUGGCUAUUCUCUCUUCAUAAGUGUGGGAAGCGCACAUAACAAUGCCUCUCCCACCAAGGCUUUUCCAUGGCGAUGUGGAAUUGGGGAAACGAGACGAUGAUCACAGGCCUGGUUCGAAAACGCCAUUGGGAAUGGCAUGGCAACACCGAAGGCCACAUGUUCAACGGCGAUCAAUCAAGAAGAUUGUAAUAGGUCUGCUGGUCGGAAUUGGUCUCUAUUACUUCUAUAAGAAUAUGCCGACAGAUCUUCAGAAUCCGCGACAAAGACCACAUUAUAUCCAGAAUGGAGGGAUUCCUGCGCAAGCUGGUUCGGGUGGUUCCAGAGCUCCAUCUCCGCAGCUCAAUUCGAAUCAAGCUUCGAAGUUAAAUGACGAUGAAUCAACCGAGAUAGGUCACAACUUUAAUGGCCCCAUUAAGUUCUAUCAAUUGGCGACAACUUUACAUGCAAUGUCUAAGGUCAAAGGUUCCGAUCCUGUCAAUAAUAAUGUGUUAUUUGCAGCCUCGAGUUUAAAAAGCGCUUCGACUUUGUUACCCAUUGCAUGCGAGAUGGCAUUAAGAGAAAGAAACUACGUGCACUUUGCAUUUAUGGGACGGGAUGACAUACCGAUGGAUAUACUAAAAUCUGUGAAUGGGGUCAAUAAGGACUGCCAGAUCUUCUUUCAUGACGCGCGACCAGAUUAUUCUCUGCAGAGCUCGGAUUUUCGAAUGGAAGUCAGUUGUUCUGCAGGUUUUAAUCAUAUUAAUUCAUUCGUUCAUCCUCAAGCUGUUCUUAUUGAUGCAUCUGGGGAUGAGGAUAAUUUCUUAAUCUCCGCCUUUAGAACUAGGGCCAAUGCAAUAGACAGAACCUUGAUUGAACUUCCUAAAAAUGUUGAACAAAAUCUAAUGUGGAUUGUUCAAUUGGAUAGUGCCGCAUUGAGUGCCUGGACCAAAAUUAGCAUUGAUAUAGUUGUUCACGCGCAACCACAAAAAUCAGGAUCUUUGAUCAGGUUACUCACAUCUCUCAAGAAAGCCGAUUAUUUUUCCAGCAACAUACCGCGCUUAACGAUAGAAUUACCGCAUGACGUGGAUGAAGCUACUAAACAAUUUCUUUCGAAAUUUAAGUGGCCACCGAAGCGUAGUCAAGAGGAGGCUAGUCUCCUGACACUUCAUCAUCGGAUCCCACAACAUGGACUCACUCCCGAGGAAAAUUCGAUCAAAUUCAUGGAAUCGUUUUGGCCUGCGGAUCCCAUGUCCGCACAUGUUCUCGUUCUUUCUCCUCAAGUCGAACUUUCUCCGUUAUUCUUUCAUUAUCUCAAAUUUGCACUAUUAGAGUAUAGAUACUCUUACAAUAGAGAAAUUAGCCAAAAGAACAUGCUUGGAAUAAGCCUUGAUCUACCAACAACUUAUCUCAAUGAUUCAACGUCAUUCACACCACCGUCAAGUACAAAUCCUAGUCCGUUUCUAUGGCAAGCUCCAAACAGCAACGCUGCUCUUUAUUUUGGAGAUAAAUGGGUCGAACUCCAUGAUUUCAUAGCUAGGUCAAUGUUUUCCGAACAUUCCUCACCCCCGCCAGCCACUUUAGGAGAAAAAUACGUCAGCAAAACCUACCCGUCGUGGUUGGAAUAUGUUCUUAGAUUAGCAAGGGCACGGGGCUAUUGGACUCUUUAUCCUCACUUUGAGAGUUGGGAUGCUUUAUCUACAAUUCAUACAGAACUAUACACAGCUCCAGAAGAAUACAUGGACGAACCAGAUCAAGCAAUAGAUUUUACAGCAAAUCCAACAGAACAUCUAUCAUUAAAACACAAAGAGGAGCCAUUGAUUUCAGCGUCUCUACAAACUCUUCUAUCGGAUUUACCUGUCGAACUUGCUGAGAUGCAAUUGAUUGGUUGGGAUGGCGAGAGUAUUGACAGCGCAGAGCUACAACUAAAAGCCAAGGAUUAUAGUCGGAUUUUUAGACACGAAAUUGGAGGAUGUGCCAAUGGAGUGGCAGAGAAAGAAAGAAUUUAUAUGCUUGCAGGGGAUUUAUUUUGUUCAGGGAAUGAGCCACUGCAGUCUUUGGAGCAGCGAGCGGAACAACUAGCGCCCUUAGUACCCCAGGCAACUUCCGUCUUGGAGUCAAAGGACACUAAUGCCAAACCAGCCACAAAAGUUGAUGGCGUAGUUGCUGUUGAAGCUAAGUCCUCUACUUGAGUAUAAACAAGAGUCAGUUUUAUGGCAUUUCUGUGAUAGAAAUAUCCUGCUAUGUACAAACCAAUUUUCGCGACUUCAAGUGGGACAAAUUGAUCCAGAAGAGUGUUUGAUCUCUAUGGAGAUCAGCCUGGUCUUUCAAGUACACACCUUGAUUGCUAUUGGGUUUUGCUCGCACGGAGGCUUGUCCGCAAUGCCUAGCACAAAGAACACUCCCACGAUUCUUGAAGCUACUCAGGCACCAAUUUCGGUUUAUUCCUUAACCCUUUCAUAUCUGAUCCGAGUCUUUUGGUCUUCUUGAAAGAAGGAUGGUUCGACCUAUAACGAGGGGUGGAUCUCUUUGACAAAGAAACGAUGUUAUCUCCGACUUAAUUGGUAGCGACCUCGUGAUAAUCCUACUUCUUUGUCCAAUUUGACAUGGAGAAAUCUAAUUUUAAUCUCGAGACAACGCCGGUCCA